AUGCGAAUCUGCAAGCAGAUUGACCCCGUGAUCGAUAUCGUGAUCAUCGGUUUUGGCGUGCGGAGCCAGCUGUUCGUCGAUAAGUUCCUUCGGAAAAAUGAGCUCAAGGGAGUGAACAUAAUAAUAAUCUGCAAAGACAAUUUCGUGUUUCUAGAUCGAUACGUACAAUGUGAAGGAGCCUGUAGAGAGAGCUAUACGGACGUGUACAAUUUUUGCAAAAAGAGAAACAUCCUGUUUAUAAAUGAAAAGGUGCAGUAUGUACAGACAGAAAAUAGGAACCACUUGAAUUAUGAUUUUUUGUUAUGCGACUUUGAUUUUAAGAGCUCGGAUCUGUUUAGAACUGACAUGUCUCACAUGAAUAUAUAUGCUUUUCGAAAUAAAAAUUUGUUUUUUUAUCAUAACGAAAAGAUAGACCUCCCCUGCAGAGACUACCUACUGGUCAGGGAAAUAAGGGGAGUAAAACAAGAAGGAGAAAUUAAAGAAAUAAAAUUUUUGGACAUCCAUGAGGAGGAAAUUAUAAUCAGAUAUGACGAGUGCAUAAACAUUACAGGGAUGAGAUACCCUUCAUAUGUAUUAUCAUUUGGAAAGGACGCCACCAAGUGCCUCUCGGUGAAUACUUUUUGCCAGUGCGCAACAGACGACUAUCUUUAUCUCCUUAACCAAGUGAAGAACCCCGACGAUUAUACAGUCUGCGAGACGGUCUACCUAAACAUAUACAACAAGGUGCAUGGGAACGAGUACAUCAGCAUAGAACACGUCAAGGCUUACGUACUCACCAAUGAUUCAGAUGAGUUGGGAAUUUCCUACUUGCUGCCCCCGACACCCAACCUAUUUAAUCACACUGUAAAUUAUUCCUAUCGGAUCGUAUCGUACAUAUUAAGAAGGGGAUACUCAUACUUAUUAAAGAACCGCUUCCUACAAAAUGGGGUACUCUCCAUAAUGUACAGAAAAAGGGAAAUCGAAAAGUACAUAAAGGGGUGCACGGUUAGCGGUAGGAGGGAGGACAUGUUUUCCCCUCCUUUUAUAAGGACCUUUUCUCUGCGUAUCUUCAAAAGGGCUGGUCACUACGUUGACCUUUUCAGAGGAAGACUUUCUUCGGAAGUUGGGACAAGCAUUCCCAUUUGUGGACAGAAAGAACUGCACAAGGAGGAUGACCCAUCUGGUGUGAACUGCAGUGACAGUGGUAGCACCACGGUGAGCAGAAGCGGAAGUAACAACAGGAACGAGGAAUUACCCACCCGCAACAAAUGUGCACCAUGUGGAAGCCCCCAAACGGAAAGGACAACAAAUUCCUCUCUUCCGGAAUAUAUGUACAGUGCAUACCAAAAGGAAUAUGAAAGGAGAUUACUUGUUAGUAAAAAAACGGUCCACCGAGUGGCUCAAGAGGAGGGGGAAAAUGGAACGACUAUAACGAUAAUUGUGCAGGAUGGCAGCAUUCACAAGGGAACUACUUCAAACUGCGACAUGAAGAGAGAAAAAGUAAAUUCAUACAUUAAAGAAAGUAUUGAGAAAAUAAUUAACCGAAAUACUUGCGGAGGAUGCGGGUCGAAAGUCCCUUCAAACGUGCUGUCCAAUUCGUUGAAAGGUCUCUCUGUGUACAGCUCACCAAAUGUGUACCUAGGAAUUGAAGCAUGUGAUGACUGUUGUAUAUUUGUGCAUAGUAAAUCUAAAAAGGGAGAAGAAAGUCCUGCACUUGUCCAAACAAUCGAUUUUUUUAAAUCAUUUAUCGAUGAUGAAUAUAUAUUAGGGGAAAUAAUCGCCAUUCAUUGCCUAUCCGAUGUGUACAGUAUGGGGGGGACCGGCAUCUGUGCCUUGUGCGUACUGAUUGUGAAGGAUAAUAUUGAGAAGAAGCUGCAGCAGAGACUACAAAAUAUUUUAACUGGGUGCUGCCAAAAGUUGAAAGAGGAGAAAUGUGUUUUGAGUGGGGGCCACACCUGUGCGGGCAAUGAGAAUUACGUCGGUUUGGCAGUCACGGGGAAGGUGAAAAAGAGGCGUAGCGCCAGCGGGGACAACACCCCUAAGGGGGAUCGCAAAGAUAAGCCAGAUAAGGAGAAACGGCCAAAGGAAGAGGAGAACCCCCGGACAGUUACAGCACCCAGGACAGCCGCAACGGGUGCAACGGGUGCAGCGGCCACGAAAGGUGGAAGUGAUGCGCGUAACCAACAAGAGGGAGGCGCCCCUUCGGAUGACCUAACCCUUGUUAGCAAAGAACACAGGGACGCAUUCGAACGACACCAAAUGAUGAAGGAAAAUUACCUCUUUCUACCCAAGGGAAGCGGAAGCAUAAAGGCAGGGGAUAUAAUCAUUACCACGAAAAUGUUCGGCUUUGGUUUCAUCAUGGCUGCACAUAUAUGCAAAAAGGCAAAAGCUAGAUGGAUAUACAACUGCCUUGACGAAAUGCUCCUCUCAAAUAGGAAGAGUGGGUUAUACCUUCUGCAAAAUAAUAAUGCGAAGGCUUGUACUGAUGUAACUGGAUUUGGAGUCCUAGGUCACCUUAACGAAAUGAUCAAGUGCUCUAGGAGGGAAAUUUAUUUUGCUGAACAAAUGGGAAAGAAGCCCCUUCACAGCAUAUCACACAAGGAGACACUGGAAGGGAGGAACAACAGAGUGGAUGAUCGACAAACUGACAAGGUGAAGGAAUCUCCCAUGAAUCGCAUCGGAGCAAAAAUAAAUCUUAAAAAUUUUAUAAUCGCAGAAGGGGUUGAACAGUGUAUCGAAAAUAAUAUUUUCUCCUCCAUGUACAAGAAAAAUCACUACUUGUGCAAUAACAUCAUAAAUUUGGAGGAAGCUUCACUGAGUGAGCGGUAUGGAGUUUUGUUUGACCCGCAGACGAGUGGGGGCCUUAUGGCCAUUGUGGAGAGGCAGAAGGCGGAACAAAUUUUAACAGACUUAAAAAACAUGGGGUACCCGAACUGUUCUGCAGUAGGGGAAAUUAUAAAUGUGCAAGAUGAUAAGUUUAGGGGGGUGCCCAUAAGUCAGGUUUCGCUGGACGAUUACUUGGACACGACCAACUCUGUGUACGUCGAGUGGUAA